AUUGGUGCGUGACACUAUUUAUUGGCUAAGUGCUACCAUUCCGCCACUGGUAUCACCAUCCGCUAGCACCAACGGGCCCUAAGCUCGAUCUCUGCGCCUCUUGUCCGACGUGAAGCAAAGGGGACGCAUAGGGUUCCAUUUCAUUCCAAAACUUGUCCUGACGGGUUUCAUUUCUACCCAAUUGCUAGAUGAACUGGAAUCGGUGGUGUUGACCGAGCCAAGUCUUCUCUCUUCAAUAACAAAGAAGAGAGAGAAAGUGUUUACCAGCAAAACAAAAGACCAAACCUAUUUGCCUAUACUGUCCAUUAAUGCCCGUAAAGGUCCGUUACUGCGCCAAUUAAAGCAUCGAAACACCGAACCUCCCCGUUUUUUUUUUGCUCUUUCUCCUUCUUCUUAUUGUUUUCUUUGGUUAUUGAAUAUUGAUCGAGUGUUGACAAGAAAAGUAGUAAUUUCUUGCUGCUUUUCUUUCUCUACCAAUAACUGGUUUGGUGUUCCUGCAAACUAUUAUGGUGGGUUUACAUUUUCCUUCUGGUCUUCCAUCCAUUGGGGAGACUGUUGGCCCAACCAGGCUGGCAUCCAUCUUGUCUGGUAUCAUCAUGUGCAUAUUUGUUUAUAAAUUAACAGCUUUUCUUAGCCUUUUGUGCUUCAAAUCAUAUAGCAAGCUCAACAAAGCAGAAAAAAUUGAAUGGAACAACAGGGGGUUCUCUACAUUUCAUGCUGUCAUUGUAGCGGCAGCUGCUUUCUAUCUUGUGCUGUUAUCAAAUCUUUUUGAUGAGGAUUCUCAAGAUGAGUCAAUUGUUAAUAGAGCCUCGAACAUAUCAAACUUUGUAUUGGGGAUCUCCGUUGGUUAUUUUCUGUCAGACUUGGCAAUGAUUCUUUGGUAUUUCCCAGCUUUGGGUGGUCUGGAGUAUGUUGUGCACCAUGGACUAUCCAUGUAUUCAAUAUUUCUCUCCCUUGUAAGUGGUCAAGGGCAGAUUUACAUACUAAUGGUUCUCUUCUCUGAGAGCACAACUCCGUUUGUAAAUUUAAGAUGGCACUUGGAUGUUGCUGGUCAGAAGAGCUCCAAUUUAUAUGUCUGCAAUGGAGUGCUAUUGUUCCUGGGGUGGUUGCAAGGAUUCUUUUGUUCAUCUACUUCUUCACUCACAUGUUUAUCCACUUUGAUCAGGUGACAAAAAUCUUUCCAUUGGGCUUCUAUAGCUUGCUUUUCGUGCCUCCUGUGUUGGCAGUGAUGAAUUUGAUUUGGUUUUGGAAGAUAACAAAAGGUUUGAUUAAAACUCUUUCUAAAGCAAAAAGACAUAGUCAAUGAUUCUAUUGAUGGUGGCCGUGCAAUUGUGUACUCCGUUACUGCUUAAGUUCACCCAUCAUCUUUGAACUUAUAAUCGGUGAAUAUAAACACGUGCCUAGAUUUCAAUUUGUAACAUAAACCAAACUAAACAUUAUUUUGUAUAACAAUGAAAAUCAUAGUAUCAUACUUCACAAAUUUGAGUGACGGAAAGAUGAUAAGAAGGACUUGUGGGAUUAAAAUAUUUGCUCUUUAACUUUUCCAAUACUUUUCCUAAAUGGAGAGAGAUAUUUCGUGAAAGAGAACUCAUACACGGAGAAUAAAAAAUUAGGCGUGUGAUUGAAGUGGUAAGUGAGAGAGUUAAAGAGAGGAAGAACUUACGUGGUACUUGCUUGAAGUAGAAGAUUUUUUCAAUUUUCAUGUGUCAUUUGUAUUGUCUUUCUAUUGUCGAAAGCUAUAAGAUUGGAUAAUAUGGUUUUUUUUGUUAUAAAAGAUUGAAAUUGGGGCGUA